UCCAACAUUCGCGGAGGACCGCAGGCUUUUGAGGCACAACAACGUCGCCUGGACUUUGCGAGCGUGAAACAGGCCUGUCCUAAGGGCAUCUACCUCACGCCCACACCACGCGAUCCACACGUCUGGCAAGGUGUGUUAUUUGUUCGCAAAGGUAGGGUCGCCAUGAUGAAUGUUUGGACGACUUCUCAAACGCUCUANGGCCCUUAUACACCCGCAAUCCUCAAGUUCUCCCUGCUCCUUGCUGCCGACAAACCUCCAACCAUCACCUUCUCAACCGACAUUUUCCACCCCUUGGUUACCCCUCUGACCACAUACACCUACACCACGAGCGACACAGGCGCCGACACUGUCCAUGCCACCGAUGACGAGCGUCUUCCACCCGGUGGCUUCAGCUUACGACACGGCUUUUCUCAAUGGUUUGGACGCAAGAAGCCGAAGCCCACAUCUCAAGUCGGCCUAGACGCAGAAACAGCAUCGACGUCAGAACGCUCGCAGUCAUCGUACGGUCCUCUGGCCAUUGUGCAGAUCUUGUUCUACAUGCGAAGUGCAUUCGACACAGCUGAGGUGCUUGACAAGGUGCCACUCGAAGCGGCGGGCAAUCCAGGCGCAUGGCAUGCAUGGCAGACUCAUAGAGCGCGAGUCAUUGGCAAUGCGCCUCUCUCUGCGACACCAGAGGAUGGNAAAUACCCCACGUCUCCUACUUCACGUCAACAGCCAGGUGGUGCUCGAAGGCCUGGCCAAUGGAAUUGGGAAGGAGUCUGGGAAGAGAGGGUUAAGAAAGGCGUGCAAGCAAGUGUGUCACAGCAGACUCUAUUCGGUACUGCUGGUACAAAUGAUGACCUCAUAAACUUCCUGAACAUUGAUAUAGACGCGACUGAUGUUCCCUGGCAUACGGAGCAGGAAGCUGAUGAUAACCUGGUUGCUUGA